AUGAUACAACGACGUAAUCCCUUCACCAUCCACAACUUGCCUUACGGCAUCGUUUCCACACGAGACAACCCGGUCAGAAGAUGUGCCGUGGCCUACAACGACUGGGCCAUUGACUUGAAUGUCCUGCAGCGAUCAGGGUUGUUCGACAAUAUCAAGGAGCUUCCGCAAAACACCUUCCGCAGUCCCACUCUCAAUGCCUUCGCUGCUUUGCCUACGAACACUCGACUGCAAGUCCGCACAAAGCUGACAGAUCUGCUGUCCAUGAACCAUCUCAGCGGGGACCCCGCGACAAAAAAUGCUUUCCUCCCCCUCGAAUCGGUGGAGAUGCAUUUCCCCAUGGACACGCGGAAUUUUUCGGACUUCUAUUGCUCGCUGGAGCACACCAAGAAUUGCACCGCAAUCUUCAGCAGUAAUCCAAUCACCCCCAAUUGGUUCGCAAUUCCCUCUGUGUACAACGGAAGAACCUCCAGUCUGGUCGUAUCUGGUACGCCGGUGACGAGACCAGUCGGUGUGUUCCCCUUACCGAAAUCGGAUGGCAGCAAAGCUUCACCAACACUUCAACCGGAGACACAUUUGGAUUUCGAGCUGGAAAUGGGAAUCUUCUUGUCGAAACCCGUCCCGCGGGGUCAAUGCCUGCGUAUCGAAGAUGCCAAGGAAUCGAUGUUUGGUUUGGUUAUGCUCAACGACUGGUCUUCGAGGAGUAUUCAAUUCUUCGAAAUGGCGCCGCUUGGUCCCUUUCAUUCCAAAGGAUCAGCAACCUCAAUCUCGCCAUGGAUCGUUCCUAUCGAGGCCUUGGACGCUGUUGCCUGUCCGCGUCACGCGGCUCAAGAGCCGGCACCGCUCCCUCACCUGACCUUGCCAGAAGCCGGCAAGGCAAGCUUCAAUAUUGAAGUAUCGGUUAAAAUUCUGCGCGACGGACAAGUUUACGCUCUCGGUGCAAGCAACCUGAACGAGCUCCACUGGACACCCCUGCAGCAAUUGACGCAUCUUGGUAGUGCUGGAGAGGGCUUGUCCACAGGUGAUCUCUUUGGAACGGGAACCAUUUCGAGUGCUAGGACGAAUUCUGACGGAGAGAAAAUCGGACUUGGCUGUUUGUAUGAGAGGAAGCUAAGUGGAAAUGAACUCCGGAGUGCUCCACCAGACAUAGCCCAGACAUUCUUGAAAGAUGGCGAUGAGGUUGUGCUUGAAGGCUGGGCAGUGAAGCCAGAUACUGGGAAGGCCAUCUUCGGAUUCGGGGAGUGCCGAGGUCAGAUAUUGCCUGCCCAGCAGCUGUGA